AUUGCUUGUCAACGUGACUCGGGUGAUUUUUUGGGAUACCACGAUUUAUACUAUCUCCGAAGAAGGAGACGGGAACAGUAUGCAGCACAUCGUCUUGAGUGGAAGACGUUCGCGACCUCGAUAAUUGACGCAGUGAGAAAAGUGUUUCUUUGUUCCUAAGUUCAAAGUGGUUUGACGCCUAUAAACGACGAAAUUAAGAAAAUUAGUACUCACUAUUGCAUCAUUCACGAAGAUUGAAAAAGAUGACAUGUUUGGAAAUUGUCUGUGGAAUUAUAGUAGCGCUCAUCGCGUUCUACUAUUAUUUAACGGUUAAUAACAAUUUCUGGAAGAAUCGUGGAGUACCAGGACCAGAACCAAUGGUUGGAUUUGGCAAUGUCCAGAAGCUGACGCUUGGAAAAGAAUCGUUACCAGAUUUCUUAACGAGGUUAUAUUCUGAAUAUAAAGCUGAACGUAUAUUCGGGAUAUUUCUCAGAAGAAAGCCUGUAUUAAUUGUCCAAGAUCCUGAGCUAAUAAAAGAUGUCUUGAUCAAAGACUUCUCCAAAUUCACGAAUCGAGGGUUCUUAGUAAGUAAUCCGGCAGUUCCACUCUCCAACCACCUGUUCGCCCUGGAGGCCAGAAGAUGGCGUCCACUGAGGACCCAACUCUCUCCUGUCUUCACCUCUGGCAAGCUGAAAGGAACCUUCUCCCUGAUCCUAGAAUGUUCCAAUCAUUUAGAGAAGUACUUAGACCAUCUGGUGGAAGAAGGAGAGCCUAUCGACGUGAGGGACGUUUCCGCCAAGUUCAGCACCGACGUGAUCGGUAGCUGUGCCUUUGGCAUCGAGAUGAACUCAUUAUCGGACCAAGAGAGCAUAUUCCGUCGAGCUGGCAAGAAAAUCUUCGCCACCAAUUUCCUCAAUGUAUUACGCAUUAAAUUGCAACUGAUAACGCCAACAUUGUAUGCUUGGAUCUCGCGAAUUCUGCCUACACCCGAGGAAAUAGAAUUGAUCAUAAGGAUCACUAAAGAGACGUUAGAAUACAGAGAAAAGAACAGCAUCGUUAGGCCGGAUUUUAUGAAUACACUUCUGGACCUCAAGCGACAUCCAGAAAAGGUCGCAGAUAUCGAAUUAUCGGACGAGUUACUGGCUUCGCAAGCAUUUAUUUUCUUCGCCGCUGGCUUCGAGACCUCCUCGACGACGAUCAGCAACGCUCUCUACGAAUUAGCUUUGAAUCAUGAUAUCCAGGACAAGUUACGAGAAGAAAUCAAGGAAUUCGAGGAGAGAAAUGGCGGAGAAUGGAGAUACGAGACUAUAAAGGAAAUGCUAUACUUGGAUAAAGUAUUCCGAGAGACCCUAAGGAAGUAUCCAGCUCUGCCUUUCUUGAGCAGGGAGUUAGUCGACAGUUACACAUUCCAGGACAGCAAAGCGACCCUUCCCAAGGGCACAGUAGUCUGGAUACCUGUCUUCCCUAUCCACAGGGAUCCAAGUAUCUAUCCUGACCCAGAAAAGUUUGACCCUGAGAGAUUUUCAGAGGACUCGGUUAAACAGAGGCAUCCUAUGCACUACUUACCUUUUGGACAUGGACCUAGAAAUUGUAUUGGUGCACGUUUCGGGAUUUAUCAGACGAAAAUUGGGCUGAUAAAAAUCCUUCGUAAGAAUAAGAUUGAUGUGUGCAGCAAAACCAUGAUUCCUUACAAAUUUAAUGCAUUUGCAUUUAUUUUGACACCAGUAAUGGGUGUGUACUUGAAGAUAACCAGAAUAGAUUAA